GGAAGUAGUUUAGAUAAUCGGGAUUCCAGGAUUCCACCAUGGCGGAUGUUCAGCCACCUCCUUUCAGGUCUAUGGAUGAUUUUAUUUUGGGCUCGGCCCGGUUCGCUGCUCCUGAUUUUCGGGAUCUGGAAAGGUGGAAUAACCGAAUCAUCAACAAUUUGCUUUAUUAUCAGAGUAAUUAUUUUGUGGCAGCGCUUGCAUUUCUUUUAAUUGUUGGGUACUUCCAACCUGUCAAAAUGAUUCUCGGUGGUGCAGUGGUAACAUUAGUGUUUCUUGGAUUCAUCUGGGCAGCAGAGAAUAAAGCAGUGGUCCGACGUUUCCGUAGGAAUCACCCCAAAGUUGGAGUGAUAGCCAUUAUGGGCUUCAGCUACCUCCUCAUGCACAUGCUGGGUGGUGUUGCAGUAUUUCUCUUUGGGAUUACAUUCCCUAUACUAUUGGUCCUCAUCCAUGCAUCUCUGCGGCUGCGUAAUCUGAAAAAUAAACUAGAGAACAAGAUUGAGAGUAUUGGUCUGAAGAGAACUCCAAUGGGUAUUCUUUUGGAAGCUUUGGGCCAGGAACAGGAAGCAGGCUCUUAAAAAGAGAUGUGUUUGUGAGUACAGAGAGAGAGAGGGGGGGAAUGAGCGCAGGUGCAAGACCCCGGUGGUUUGAAAUGUGACUUUUUGAAAUGGGUUGUAUUUGGAAUGGGCUGCUAUCAUGGACACUCCAAUCAUUCUUAGUAAAGAGAAGGAACCAGAACUGCCCUGAGAGAAGGUGAAUGAAUUACCAUGUGUACCCUCUGUCAGUUAAAGAAGUGGGGAGGGGGGGUGGUAAUGGAUGAUAUGACCUACAUUAUCUUCCGGGAAUUAUUUUGACAGAACAUGAAGUUUGACAUCAUGAUGAAGUUAAUUGUUUUCAUUAAAUAAAGAUUAUUUACAGGUGGCAUAGAAGAGAAAUUUAUACAGUAUUUACAUAAUCAGUCUGUGGAUAUUUGCACUAAAGUAUAAUAAGCAGGUUUGCUAAUUUUGCAAUUCUGUAAUUUGUCAGCAAUGAUUUAGAUAACUUUCCCCAGCAAAUUUCUAUUCAGUUCACCCUUUACUGUUGUAUCUUUCACAUUGGCAUAUAAUUUGCCAUUUCAGCUUUAGCUUAGUGUAUGCUGUUGGCUAAUAGUUUAAAUGAGAGGAGGUACACUGGUUGGUUACAUUAUACUUUAUAUUUAUAUACCAGUUGGAUAAGAGUUAGUAGCUGAAGAAAAACAGCCCUCUAAAUCUCUCUUAGACAUGAUAUAUUUGUUUUGUAUAAUCCAAUAAAAAUGGAGGUGGCUUUCUCCCAAAAUUCCCUACCAUUUAAAGGGUAGCUCUGACAGAGCUGUCAGCCUUCUUAUUUUUUUCACACAACCAAGUUAAUUUUCUUCUGCUUCCAAAUGCCACAUUUUCUUAGCUUGCAGAGGGCAGGCAGGAGACGGGUUUACACAGUUUUUCAACAUUAAACAGAAGUCUAGGACGGGCCCAGCAGAACUACUGCCCAUCACUUUUACUACGUCAUAAAAACUAUUUUUAGUUUUGCAAGGAGUGGAGAGCAAGGAUUAGUCAAAAAUAAUUAAUCUACACAGCUUUUAAGGUAUUUGAUCUUUCUGUGCAAUUCUGCUGAUACAAUACCACUAUGAACAAAAAAAUAGCAUCAUUUUAGUUAAGGUGAAUGCAUAAGUUGUGAGAUUGCUUCUUUGAUUUUUCCUUCUUUACUUUUUUCUCACGACCUGCAAUUGGACAGAGCAGCUUCUAAUUCAUAAAUAAUAUUUACUAAUUAUGAGACUUGUUUAAGAAAGUUUUUAAUUUUAAAAUAUGUGCAAUAUUAGUUAGUGAUUAUGGGAGGUCAAUAUUUAGAUAUUUUUAAAAAUUAGAAUAAAAGUCAUAGAAAACUGCUUAGGGUGAACAAGGGGCUAAAAAAAUGGCAUUGUCUAUAUUAAAUUCCAGAAGAACAGUAUGGUGUAUUUUCUUCAUUAGGUAAUGAUAUUCUUUUUGGAAGAACAACAAUGUAAUCUAUGUUCCCUAGAUAACCGUUAACUGUAUACAGCACAAGUGGUAAAACAUAAACUGGAUUAACUUUAUCAUGCAGACUGCUUUCCAUCCACUACAUUAGAUUUGGACUUUAUUUGAAAUGUGUACUUCUCUUUAUAGCAUUUGUGCUGAACAAUCAGUCACUGUUUAAGAGAGCUGGGCACUUGGCAUAAGGCUGAUGGAAGAAUGAAAUUUGUCUUGUUUUUUUUUUUGUUUUUUUUUAUUUUAUUUAUUAAUUUUAUUGUAAUCAUUCCAUACAAAUAGAUCAAUUUAUAACAAAAAAAAAAAUGAAGACAAAUCAAACCCCACCCCUGAGAAGGAGAGCUUAGCCAAAGGAGAAUUGCUUAGGGCUUUUUGAUAAGGCAACAAUAAACAAAAGAAAGGAAGAAAUAUAUAUAGGCAAAUAAAAAAUGAAGAAGGAAAAUAAAUGGGGUAAUAGUUAUUUCUCUUAUUCUAAAAUAAUAUUGAUUAGAUCCUGCCAGUUUUUGAAAAAAUUCUGUACAGAUCCUCUAACUGAGAAUUUGAUUUUUUCCAAUUUCAAAUAAUAUAAAACAUCGGUUUCCCACUGACUUAUCAGAGGAGAGUUAGGAUUCUUCCAAUUUAACAGAAUAAGUCUGCGUGCCAAAAGUGUAGUGAAUGCAGUCACCGUUUGCUUGUCCUUCUCCACUUCAAGUUUGUCUGGAAGAACACCGAACACAGCUGUUAAUGGGUUAGGAGGGAUUGUGACCCCAAGGCUGUCUGAAAGGCACUUAAAAAUUUUGGUCCAAAAUUAUGUUAGUUUGGUGCAGGCCCAAAACAUGUGACCCAGUGAGGCAGGAGCUUGGUUGCAGCGUUCGCAGGUUGGAUCUUGCCCUGGAAACAUUUUGGACAGUUUUAAGCGAGACAGAUGUGCUCGAUAUAUAAUUUUUAGUUGAAUAAUUCUAUGCUUUGCGCAUAUGGAGUUCGAGUGAAUUCUCUGCUUUGCUACCUUCCACUCCUUUUCUGCUAUAUUGAUUAAGAGAUCUUCUUCCCAAUGUCCUCUUGGGUCUUUGAAAGGUAGGGACUCUAAUAAGAUUUUAUAUAAUGUGGAAAUGGUGUCUAAUUCCUCGAAAUUGAGCAGUAUUUUUUCCAGCAUGGUGGAGGGUACAAGGUGAGGAAAAUCGGGCAGUUUCUGUUUAACAAAAUUUCUAAUUUGAAGAUAGUGAAAGGAAUGUGUAGCUGGGAGGUUGAAUUUGGAACGUAAUUGUUCAAAAGAUGCAAAUAUGUUGUCUAUAUAUAGAUCUCUGAGCAUUUUAAUCCCAAAACUUUUCCAGGUAUUAAAAACUGGAUAUGUUUGCGAGGGUUGAAAGAGGUGGUUCUCUUGCAGAGGUGCCGCGGAUAAAAGAUUUUCCAUCUUAAAAUGCUUUCUAAGUUGGUUCCAUAUUCUGAGUGAGUAAAGCACAAUUGGGUUAUUAGUAUAUUUGCAAUAACUUGCAUUUAUUGGAGUGCAGAGCAGGGAGUAUAAAGAAGUACUACAGGAUUUUACUUCUAUUGCGAGCCAAGCCUGUGUAUGUUCAUUUUUUUGUGUCCAGGUUUUUAUGGCUUGUAUGUUUGCUGCCCAGUAAUAAAACUGAGAAUUAGGUAAAGCCAUGCCAGGUCUUUGUAGGGUCGCUCUUCGGAUGCGUGGGCGUUUUGAGUCCCAAAUGAAUGAGGUUAUUGUUGAAUCUAAUUGCUUAAAAAACGAUUUAUUGAUAUAUAUUGGAAUGUUUUGAAAUAAAAAAAGAAGUUUACACAGAACACAGAACAGUUCCAUUUGUAGCAUCAGAUGUAGUAUCGGACCCUGAAGGGAGAUAUGUGAUGGUCAUGGGCAACUUAUUUAACAGUAAAAUGAUUUUGAUAAAUGUUUAUGCACCCAAUGUCGAUGGUAAGGAAUUCAUGCAAAAUCUAUUUGCAUCCAUUCCCAAUGUGAACACUCAUAAAAUUAUAAUGGCUGGGGACUUUAAUUGUGUUUUAAAUCCACUCUUAGAUAGGACUUCUGUGACAGGGGGGACAACAUCUAACACUGCAAAGACAAUUACAGUUUUUAAAUGACCACAACUUAUCAGACCCCUGGAGGUUUUUUAACCCAAACUCAAGAACAUAUUCGUUCUACUCACCAAUGCAUUAUAGCUACUCAAGAAUAGAUUAUUUUUUUAUAGAUAAUAAUUUCCUGCCUACGAUUAAAUCGUGCAAAUACGACACAAUUGUUAUCUCCGACCAUGCCCCUCUAGUCUUGGAGCUAAAAUCAUUAAGCCCCUCACACUCACCUCACAGAUGGCAUUUUAACCCUCUUCUAUUGGCAGACGAGAACUGCACAGAAUUUAUAUCCAAACAAAUCAGCUUCUUCCUAGAGACAAACACACCCACAGAGGUUUCAGCAGGAACACUCUGGGAAACUCUAAAGGCCUUCUUAAGAGGACAGAUUAUUUCAUAUCUUUCCCACAGAAAUAAAUUAGAAACCAAGAAAGUGUCAGAGCUAAAAAGCGAAAUUACUACAAUAGAUGAAGAACAAGCCAGGUGUCCAAGUGAAGCUCUUCACAGGAAAAGGCAGGCCCUGCAUACAGAACUUAACAUCUUGACAACUAAAGAAACUGAACAACUUAUUUAUAGGUCAAGACAUCAUUACUAUGAACACAGAGAAAAAGCUAAUAAGCUUUUAGCUCAACAAAUUCACAAACAAGAAGUUCGCAAUGCAAUACCAGUAAUCACCAACACGAAUGGAGAAGAAACCAUUGACCAUAAAAAUAUAAUGCACGCAUUUAGAGAUUAUUAUAAAUCCUUAUAUUCUACUGAGUUCAAAGAAGACAACACACAAUCUAAUGCAUUUCUGGAUACAUUACAGACACCACAAAUAGAUGCUUUAAGUGCUGAGGAACUGGAUAAACCUCUGAUGCUAACAGAAUUACUAGAUGCUAUAAAGUCACUUCAAAGCGGGAAAUCAGCAGGCCCUGAUGGUUACCCCGUAGAAUUUUAUAAGAAAUUUUCCACUCAGCUAGCUCCCCUCUUAUUGGCAACAUUUACAGAAGCUAGAGACAACCAAAUACUACCUCAAACAUUUUGUCAAGCAUUAAUCACUGUCUUUCCUAAACAAACUAAGGACUUGUUACAAUGUGCAUCAUACAGACCAAUUUCACUCCUGAGUAAUGAUGUUAAGAUACUCUCAAAAAUUCUAGCUAGAAGGAUGGAGAAAGUGCUGCCCUCGGUAAUAUCACAGGAUCAAACUGGAUUCAUUAAAGGCCGACACCUAUCUUCCAAUCUCCAACGCUUGUUUAAUGUUAUAUAUUCACCAGCAAAAUCAAACACCCCAGAGAUAUUACUAUCAUUAGACGCAGAAAAAGCAUUUGAUAUGAUUGAAUGGAACUACCUUUUCACUGCAUUGGAGAAAUUUGGGUUUGGCCCGAAUAUUUGUGCAUGGAUCAAACUACUGUAUACCAAUCCAGAAGCUUCAGUUUGUAUUAACAACAUUUGCUCAGACUACUUUAAGCUAGAACGUGGCACCAGACAAGGAUGUCCCUUGUCACCACUGCUGUUUGCAGUCGCCAUUGAACCACUGGCGGUUCACUGUCGAAAUUCUUAUCAGAUAAAGGGGAUUAUCAGAGAAGGACUGGAACAGAAAAUUUCUCUAUAUGCAGAUGAUAUGGUUUUAUAUAUAUAUCAGACCCAGAAAACACUGUGCCUGCAGUUCUAACAGCACUAACAGAAUUUCAAAAGAUAUCCGGUCUUAGAAUUAAUCUGAAUAAAAGUAUACUCUUUCCAGUGAAUUCACAAGCAUAUAAUAUUAGAUUGGACACCCUACCUUUUACCAUAGCAGAUCAGUUUAAAUACCUAGGGGUAAAUAUCACAAGUAAACAUAAAGCUCUUUAUCAACAAAAUUUUGCCGUCUGUAUGGAAAAAAUUAAGCAAGACUUGCAUACAUGGUCAACCCUUCAUCUCACUCUAGCCGGAAGAAUUAACGUUGUUAAGAUGAAUAUCCUUCCUGAAAUUUGUCUUGUUAAACUGAAAUUAUGAAAACAAUUCCGUAAGUGUUGGAAACUGGGUUGAGUAUAGGAAUGGAUAAUAAGGCCAAUCAAACCAACUUUUAGUUAAUAAGUGACAAAUAUAUUUUUUUCUGUUGCUUACCCCACAUUUUUAUGGUGUUGGCAAAAAAAUCUUUUAAUCUCAUAUUUGUAUAACUAAUGGAGAACACAAAAUUCCUUAUACUACUUCUUCUUUCAGCUGCUCCUGUUAGGGGUCACCACAGCGGAUCAUCUUCUUCCAUAUCUUCCUGUCCUCUGCAUCUUACUCCGUUACACCCACUACCUGCAUAUUCUCUCUCACCACAUUCAUAAACCUUCUCUUAGGCCUUCCUCUUUUAAUUUUACCUGGCCGCUCCAUCCUUAACAUCCUUCUCCAAAUAUAUCUAGCAUCUGUCCUCGGCAUGGUGUAUUUUCUUCCAAACCAAUGCAAUCUUGCCUCCCUAACUUUGUCUCCCAACCAUCCAACCUGAGUGACCCUCUAAUGUACUCUUUUCUUAUCCUGUCCAUCCUUGUCACACCUAAUGCAAAUUUUAACAUUACAACAUCACAUUUUAACAUCACAAAAUUCCAUAUACAGUGUGACUCAAUGGAGGCACAGAUUGAACAAAGGUAAACCAAAUCGAAAUGUUUAUGAAAAAUGCUCAGAUUACUUGUGUGGCCUAAUCCACACAUAUUGGGUGUCCUGUCAUAUGCGUAUAAUGUCUCAAAUCGCAUGUAUUUUAGCUAAAACUUUGUUAAUUCACUACUUAAGAAUCAUCAUAUAAAUAACUGGAGCAAGUACAAACACAAGCAGGCUUUUGAUAUGAAAAUCCACUUCCUCCAUCAUUCAUUGCUCAGUUCUACCUAGUAAUAGCUCACUCAAUAGCUAACCUGGUGCUUUAUGUGAAAUCAACGUUUCGGAGCAUGGUCUGUGAGAGGAGUACAAUUAGAGGGUAAAAAUGAAAGAAAAGCAAGUGAAAAUGUAAUCAAGUGCAAUGUAUGCCAUGUACUUGUGUACAUUUGAAUCGCUUCAUGAAUUGGAAGGUACAGUUUCUUAAACUGCCAUUGAAAAAUCCAGAAAUAUGGAAGACCAGUGAAUGACGGGAGAAAGAGGUCUUCACUGGAAAGGCUAAUCCUUGUUCAAGCAUGUUCCCCUGUUGUUUACAACAUGAUUUUCUGGAAGUGGUUUAUUGUGAGCAUAUGAUUGGAUACUCGUCAUUUAGAUUAUGCAACAUGAGUAAUUUGAGAUUUUUUCAUAGACAUUUUGAUAUUGUUUGCUAUUUAUAGUGCAAGUUGAGUCUCCAUUGAACAUCAUUUAAUCAGGAAAUUCUCAGCCAUCACUUCAAACACCAUGUGAGUGAGUAAUGGUUAAAAAAUCGUAUUUCUUGGGUGGAGUAUGUCUGUAAAUGAACUUUAAUCUAAUUAGUGUUUAAGUGUAGCUAUUGAAUCACCAACUAUGUUACUACUGGAGUGCAGUGUUUACUUGCAUUUGAAAUCUUAGUGACUUUAACCACAUAACACCAGUCUAAAAAUAAACUGAAUACAUGGAAUUGUGCCCUUUUUAAGAGAAGUUACAUUGUCAAUGGCAAAUUGAAGAGACUUGAUACAGGCAUGUAAUAAAAAAGACUGCAAUACAUAAAAAAUGUAUAAAAGUAAUCCGCAGAAUGUACCUCGCAUUUUCAGAGCAUGUUGUAAUCAACAUCGUGAUUGUGAUUUGAUCAUUUGUUGUGCAGGUUUAUUCCAAAAUGUGUCAUCUUCUCUCAGUAUCCGAAUAAUAUUGUUAUUUUCAUUGUUUUGGUUGUAUUAUAAUGUUGCAUGAUUAUAAUAUUUACAGUAUAUAUUAGCCAUAGUGCAUAAUCACCUGUUGCCUAAUGAAUGCAAGGCAGGUCCAAGAAAAAAGCUCCCAUUUCUAAUCCAUUAGGUUGCACAUUUCACAAAUAAAUGCAGAGGAGAUGAGCAUGUUAACAGCACUUCCACUUUUUUAAAUGUUACGGUGCAGGUUACCACACAAAGCUACUUUAAAAUCUGCUCUCCUACCUUAAUUUAAAUAUUUAAUCAGGGUAAAAGUGGGUUUGAAAUAUGGAUGGAUGAUAGUGAAUUCAUUUAAAAGAAGUCUAGGGUGGACACAUCAGCAAAAUAUGUUUACAAAUUGACAUACCUGUGACACUGUUUUUAAAACAGCAAGCUUUUCUUUUUAUUUAAUUUUUGAGCCUGGAAAUCUGUAACCACUACUCAGAGCACAGUACAACAAAAAUAUGUGCUAUCAAAUGUCAGUGUUUUCUUCAUCCAUCCAUCCAUUUUCCAACCCGCUGAAUCCGAACACAGGGUCACGGGGGUCUGCUGGAGCCAAUCCCAGCCAACACAGGGCACAAGGCAGGAACCAAUCCCGGGCAGGGUGCCAACCCACCGCAGUGUUUUCUUCAUUCAAGCAUGAAAUAUCAAUGAAGUAAUUUAUAUCACACAAGUAUAUGCUGAAGAAUAGAAACAGUAGUCACAGAGGAUGAAACUUGAAGCUUGAGAUGCAGGAAGCUUACUACUGAGCCUGUGAAAGUAACUGCCCGUUUUAAGUUGGCAGUGGUUAAAAGAGAGGAGUGUCCCCUUAAACACACACACACAAGAUAGAGCGUUAUUUAUACUAUACUAUACUUUAUUUUCAACCCUGCUCUGCUGGAGCCUAUUCCAGUUAGCCCAGGGUGCCAGUCUAUCACUGGGCAAAAAACACACACACACCAGGGCCAAUUUAGAAUCGCCAAUUUACCUAACCUUCAUGUCAUUGGACUGUGGAAGGAAACCAGAGCACCUGGAGGAAACCCAUGCCGACUCAGGGAGGACCCAGGACAUGAACCCUGGUCUCCUUACUGUGAAGCAGCAGUGCUACCACUGCACCAUCAUGCUGCUGCACGUACCACUGUGUAAUCUAAUUUUAAUUAGUUGUCUCAAGUGUAGUGGUGAGUGUUACAGUAUGUUACACUUAGUCUAUGUUAAUGUUUACCAAAAAUAAAUAAUCAAAAUGUUGUCAAUUUCAGGUAAAGCAUUUUUUUUACAGCUGGCAUCCCCAAGCCUUAAGCUCAAGCAAUGCAUACAUUAUAAUUUUUGUUAAUGUUGAGAUGGGUCUGGAUCCUUGUUCAGGAUUUCUUGCCAAGCAUUGGUUUCCUUGUGACCCUAAGCUUGACUAAGCAUGCUAGAAACUGGAUAGAUGAAUUUAAUUUUUUUAUUUUUUGGAGGAAUGAUGUUUUAAAUUGCCCAUUGGCUGACCAGUAGUUCAAGACAGGAUGUUGAUAGACAGAAUAAUUAUUGGCACUUAAAACCAUUUUAAAUCUGAACAGAUCUGAAUAAAAAAGAAAUGUAGCAUAUUUAAAUGAAUGUUUGCUCAAAUACAUAUUUGAGUAAUUAAUUUAACUAAUGGCAGACAACCUGAGUUAGGCACAGAUUUAGCAGUAAGUAUUUUGGAGAGCAGCCUUCUAUAUUUUUAGCCAUUGGACAUAAGAUUUACAAUUCUAAUAAAAAAUGAUUUUUCACUUGUUAUGCGGUGUCACUUAUCAACCUAACUGAGUAUGCCUCUCUUCUUAUGAGAUGAUUUCAGAUCAGUUUUGUUCUUUACUCUUUAAUUGUUCUGUCCAAAUUUCACAAAAAAACCUUCAAAUUUGCAUCUUUCCAGUGGUGUAAGAACUGUUAUAUUACAUAGACAUGGUUUAUCUGGCUUGCUUCCACAGUCCAACAACAUACAGGUUGAGUGGACUGGCGAUGUAGAAUUGACUUCAUAUACUGUAUGUGCUUUAUACCCUGCGAUGGAAAGUCACGCUAUCCUGGGAUUGUCCCUGCCUAGCAUCCAAUGUUUGCUAGAAUAGACUCCAGGUUCCCUGCGUCCCUGCUCUGGAUAAGCAGGUUUAGAAAAUGGAUGGAUGGAUGAGGUUAACUGCAUUCUGCUUUUGACACUUUUGUUUUGUGUAUAGGUAUUUUUUAUUGGACGUCACAACCUGUCUGAUAGAAAAUGUGGGAGUUUGCCUGUAUUAGAGUCUUUCCUGAACCCUGUUUAUGUCUGUAUACCCAGAGGAGACAUCUCAGGGCUACUGUUAAGUGAUGUUUUUUGAAGUUAUCCAUCUUCACUAAAAAGGCAUGUACAGUAUACUGAAUUGAAAUUUUAUGUAAUAUAUUUUUAAAUUAAUCCCACAUAGGGAUACACAUUUGACUAUGGUUACGUCAGCAAAAUGGUUAAGAAAAUCUUAUUAAAAGUAGGUCACACAAUGAUUACAUUUUGAUUAAAUAAUUUAGAAGCACUACCUUGGUUCCUGGAAUAAUUGUUCAAAAUACUAUUCAAUUUAGGGUAUGUACGGCAAUGUUAUCCAUUUGUCUUUGAAGUGUUUUAAUAAAAAUAUCAUCUUUUAUAAUAUAAAGUUAUUUAUAAAUACUUUAAAAAUAUGGAGAUCACAAUUGUAACUUGAGGGUAGAUUUUGCUAUCAACGAACUGAAUUGAAUGAGAUUCUAUUGUCUUGGUUGUAUAUCUUUGAGAUGAUGCUUUUCACUUCUCCAUUGACUAAAGAAGGUGCAAAUCCCAAGUUUUUAGAAAAGCAAAUGUGACAAAUUGUUCAAAUUAUUUUAAUUAAAAACAAUAUAAAUUAAGCUUACACCAAAACAUUCUUUAUCACUUUAAAUGGAAUAUGAACAAGAUCCCACCCUUGGUGGUUCCGAAGUUUAUUACUGAUUAGUACUUAAUAAAGCACAAUAGUCAUUAGAAGCUGUGUGAUGUUGAAACAAAAAAAAGAAAUAACUCUUUUGGUAUAUUUUUUUUUCUUGAUGGGGGGAUUAAAAAAAUAUUCUGGUCCUGUUGCUUCACUGAUUUCUUUCAUCUUGUAUGUUAGCUUUAGUACUUACUAUUUUUGUCCCUCUCUGUAUUUUUUUUAAAACAAAUGCAUAUAAAAUGCAAGGUAUAUGACCAUGUGUAGAAUAUGUCUUACUUCUUGGCUGAAAUGCCAAAAAAUCACUUUUAAGGCCAAAUCGAGACUUCACCACGUAACCUUUCUGGGGUCUGGGGCAUUCUGUAGUUUAGGGAACCUGUUACUAUUCAGUGAACAGAUACACUAAUGACAAGGGAACUCGUCUGGGUUGAAUUUUAAAUGCUAAAUUGUUUUAAAGCGUAUUGUAUCUUUUAAUAGGGAUGAAUGAUUUAAGGGUCCAUUGGUGCAAUGUGAAAAUGGGGGAAUGGUAACCCUUUAAAUUGCCUUUAAGCUUACACUUGAAUAAGUCUCAGUUUUAUUUGUUUCUCAAUGUCUCAAAUACACCGAAGUUGAAGUGUUGCUCAGAUAACUAAACUAUGUUUUAUUCUCUGUUUUUUGGGGGGAAAAAAAAUACACGACAGUAUUAUAACACCUGUAUGAAUCCAAUAUGUACCUUCUUGUUGCAUAAUAAUCUAAAUUGUGUAUUUUCUUGGUAUUUAAAAUAGCAUGUCACAAUAGAACCAGUGUAAUAAAAUUGUUCUUAAAAUGA